AUGUCAUCAGUAGAAGUCAUAGGAAACGAACAAUUUAGCAACGCCCUAUCAAACAUUCAGGUAAUAUUUUCAAAAAGAUUUGUUUUUCUACAAAAAAAUUUAUUGAUUGCAUUUUGAAAAGUAUUGCAUUUCGUAUAUUUUUUGCAUUGACGUAUUCAUUUUUAAUUCUCGUUCAUUUCGUAUUAAUUGAAUAAAAAGCAAAGGUGUUAUUGAUGCUAUUUAUUGAUUUUUUGGUGAUAUUUUUGCAAUGACAUUGAAUAAUAUUAAUAAUGAUGAUUAUAAUAAUAAUUGAUUUGAUGCAUUCAUUUUUUAUCGAUAAAAGAAAUAUUUUUGCCCAUUUUUUCACAAAAUUACAUUUCACCCCCAAUAAUGUAUUUAAUUUAUGUUCAGCAAAACUCGUCAAACUCUACAACACUGAAGCGAACCACAGAAGAAAGCGGCCUCGACAGUACGGUUUUUAUUGAUGAUUUUUUGCAUUUUUCUUCGUAUUUUUCUUCCGUCAUUCUUUGCAUUAUCGUUUGUUUGCAACAUUUUUGCCAUUCAUUUUGCAUUGACUAUUAUUUUUUUGGAAUUGCGGAAGAAAAUUUCCUUACCUCCCAAUCAAUUGAUUUUUUUCAGGCGGCAUCCCGGCAAAGAGGGCAGUCAUGCAUGGAAUGGACGGAAGUUUAGUUCAGAUGGGAGGACCGUACAUGGGUCAAAACGAAGCCAUCACCGAACUCUAUCCUGUUCCGGAAAACACUGUCGGUUUAGUUAUUGGUAGAGGUGGAUUGGAAAUCCAAAGUAUUCAAACUCAGUCGGGAUGCCGCGUGCAGAUGAGUCCUGAUGCGGAUAACUCAGGUUAUAGACAAGUUACACUUCAAGGAAUGAGAGUAAGUUGAAUUUUGUUGAUUUGCAGAUUAUAAUAAUAAUGUAAUCGAUAUUUUUAGCCAAACAUCGAAAAGGCCAAACAAAUGAUCAACGAUGUUGUGAUUCGUGCUCAACAACGUCAAGCACAACAAGCCAGUCAGACAUUCGCCACAGCUGGAGAAAGUGGACGCGCAAUCACUAUUGAUUUGCAAAUCCCUGCUGCUAAAUGUGGUUUGAUUAUUGGAAAACAAGGAGACACCAUCAGACAACUCCAAGAGAAUUCUGGAUGCAAAAUGUUGAUGAUUCAAGAUUCACAAGAAGUGACUGGUAUGCCAAAACCAUUGAGAAUCACUGGAGAUCCAGAAAAGAUUGAAGUUGCCAAACGUCUAGUUGCUGAUUUGAUCAACAAAGAAGAAACAGCCGGAACUGGUGGAGGUGGUAUUCCAAAUAUGGCUCGUCAUGGUAUUCCAACUGACGGAAAUGCUACUGCCAAAGGAGAAGUUGUUGUACCAAGAACAAGUGUUGGAAUGAUUAUUGGUAAAAGUGGAGAGACAAUCAAGAGAUUGGCUAUUGAAACUGGAACCAAGAUUCAAUUCAAACCUGAUGAAGAUCCAAAUUCAGCUGAAAGAUGUGCGGUUAUUAUGGGAACUCGUGAUCAAAUCUUCAAAGCAACUGAAUUGAUUACUGAACUUGUCAACAAGAGCAACAAUGGUGGAAGUCAACAACCAGAAGUGUUUUUCAUGCAUGUUCCAUCAAACAAAACUGGUUUGGUUAUUGGAAAAGGUGGAGAAACUAUCAAGCAAAUCAACGCUGAAAGCGGUGCACAUUGUGAACUUUCACGUGAACCACCACCGAAUCCAAACGAGAAGGUUUUCAUGAUUCGUGGAACUCAACAACAAAUCCAUCAUGCUCAACAUAUCAUUCGUAUUAAGGUGAGUAUUCAAAAUUGUAAGCGUUCUCAUUAUAAUAUUAAUUAUAGGUCGGUGACAUCCCACCAAAUACACCUGUCCCAAUGAUGGCUGGCGCACAAAUUAUGCCAAACAACGGCGGAUAUGCGCAACCUGCACAAUUCAACGGUCAAUAUGGUGCACCACAACCAGUUCAACAACAAUGGAACAAUUUUGGUAAGUGAUAGAUUUGGCAGAAGUUCACAUACAAAAAUCAGUUCUGAAAAAAACAACAAACAUUUCCAUUUUCAGCUGGAGCAGGUGGAAUACCACCAGGUGGAAAUGGAAAUGUUUGGAAUCCUCAUCAUCAUCCACAAAAUGGUCUUGCAGGCGCUCCAGCUCAACCACAAUAUGCCGCUCCACAAUAUCAACAACAAGCUGGUGUUAUGCCGGGUCAACAAUUUGCUCAACAAGCUGUUGCACAAGUUCCACAAGCUCAACCAGCUGCAACUCAACCAGCAAUUAAUCCAGCAACCGGUCAACCUGAUUAUUCGGCACAAUGGGCUGAAUAUUAUCGAUCUGUCGGAUUAUUGGAUCAAGCGGCGAUGGUUGAAUCACAAAUGAAACAAAAUGCCGCUCGCGCAGCUGGUGUUGCUGUUCCAGCUGGCGCUGUUCCAGUUGCCGCUGCUGGUUAUCCACAACAAUAUCAAGCUGCAGGUGCUGCUGUACCUGGACAACCAAAUCCUGCCGGACAACCUUAUGGUCAAUAUCAAGCAGUCGGAGCUUUCCCACAAACUGGGCAAUUCCAAGCUGCCCCAGCACAACAAUUCUAAACAAAUGUAAGAUUUCACAAAUCACUCAAUUAUAAUCCAAUCAAUAUAAUUUCAGACCGAGUUCUUCUCCUUCCUAUCCGUUUUCAACGCUAAGCGAUCUCCAUAUUCAUCUGGCAGGAGCCAUACGAGUUAACGUUUUUUUCUCCCUCCCCCCAAAAAAAUUACGUCACCUUGUUUUUUUUAACACCACGUCCACCAUUUUCUUUAGCCGUAUAUAUCAUGUCAUUGAAUUGGAGUUCUCACAAAACUCUAUUUAUAUACAUAUUCAUUUAAAACUUGAAAAAUUCCUAAAAUUUUCCCCAUCUUUCAUGUGUAUCAUAACGAACUAAUUCUUUUUUUUCCAUUUUCAUUGGGUUUUCCCCUAUUUUUUUCUAAUUUAUUUUAUGAUUUCUUUUAUUUUCUUGUGUGAAAUUCUUUUUUUUUGGAAAAAAUUUUUUGUCUUCGCCCAUCGAACUUUUUUGUUAUGGUUGUAAUUUUUCAAUUGUUCACGUUCUUUGUUUUUGAACAAUAAAUUGCAAAUACAAAACUAUUAUAGUGUCCGAAACAUAUUGAUGUUGACUAAAAAGUGAAUCAGAAUUGAAUCGUAAUGUCAAAACAAUAUUAGCCCUCAUUUCGUUCUAAACUGUGUCUACAAAAUAAUGUUACAAGCACUUAUUAUUUCCCUCUUCUCUCUAGGAGUUAUUCUAUCUUCUCCUUUCUUGGAUAAUUCGACUGAUAUUGAGCUAGUAGCAAAUAGAUCGCAAAGAGUUCCCAGAGAAUCAUUCAUCUAUGAAAUUGCUCCAUAUGAUGAGAACUAUAGAGGAGAAAAGGUACGUGGGAACGUAGGUUUGUCUAAAAAAAUAUUGACGAAAAAAAAAUUCACUUCAAACAUAAACGCAAAGUUUCUCAUUUUAUCAUUUUUCAGGCGAUUGGACAAUCUCGUCAAUUGGAAUUUGCCUCCGGCGGUUGAAAUUCCAGAGUGUCCUAAAACUCCGUGUACACUGGAUGGUUUUGUUGCAUCUUGUGAGUUUUUAUAUUUUCAUAUUUUAUUAAUAAAUAUCUUUUUCCAGACACUGACGUUUUUAUAUUCUCCUUUCUUCUCAUUUUGAUCGGAGUUGUUCUGUGCCUUAUUGUUUUCUUCUGUUUCAGUUUUCGAUAA